AUGCCCUCCCGCCAGGUACUAAUCCUGGCAGUCAUCACCCCCAUCCUGCUCUACCUCCUCUUACACCGCUCGUCACCACAAGAGCUCCCUGCCAGGGCUGCGUUCAGGCAGAGACUGGUCGCUGUCGGUGAUCUCCAUGGCGACAUUGAUAAUGCCAAAAAAGUCCUGCGCAUGGCCAAAGUGAUUGACGAAAGUUCCAACUGGGCAGCGGGGACCGAUAUCCUCGUCCAAACUGGCGACAUAGUCGAUCGAGGAGCACAUGCCGAUCAGAUUUACCGCCUCAUGCAGAGCUUGAGAGGACAAGCUGAAGGGAGUGGGGGGAGGGUGGUUAGUAUACUGGGGAAUCAUGAGGUUAUGAAUGCUAUUGGGGAUUGGAGGUAUGUGACUCGGGAUGAUAUCAAGAACUUUGGAGGGUCUCCUGCUAGACAACAAGCUCUGUCGAAUGAAGGGUGGCUCGGCCAGGAAUGGCUAGCAAACUACUCUGUAACCGCUCUCGUCCCCCUCUCACCCCACCCCUCCUCCCCAUCACUUUCCUUUACCCACGGCUCCCUCCGUCCCUCUUUCCCCCACCUCCAACCCUACCCCUCAGCGAUCAACGCCCUCGGCCACUCUCUCCUCUCCCGAGCCCUCACCCCGCCCUUAGCGCCGCCUUACCCGCCGAAUCCAUACUCUGGCCUACCCAAAGGCCACUCCCAGGCUGAAGCCGAGCUUUACGCAGAAGGUGGGCCUUUAUGGUGGCGCGGCUUGGCCGACAGGGAAGAAGCGCAAGUGUGCGAGUGGGCGAAAGAGCUCAAGGAGAAGACUGGUGUGAAGCGGUUUAUCGGGGGACAUACCCCGAAUUUCGAAAAGAUUGUGGCGAGGUGUGAUGCGGGGGUUAUCAUCAUUGAUACGGGUAUCUCAUCGGCGUAUGGGGGAGUGCUUUCGGCGUUGGAGGUGGUUUAUACGCUUACGCCUAUUGACGAGCAUAGUCAAGAUCCGCUGUUGCUUUCGACAGCAGUCUUGAAGGGGCGAUUCCUGGAGAAGGAAGAGAUUCAUGCUGUAUACCAGCAUGGGAAGAAGCGGCUAGUCGUCGAGGAGCGAGAGGUCACUUUGGAAUAG